AUGACAGCCAAUUGGCUUUUCAAACGGCUGGUUUAUGCUACGGAGGUAGUUCGGUCAUCAACUUCUGAACUCAGCAAGCUCCAUGCUAAAGACAACAGGUUUACUCCGGGACAGAACUACACGAAUGAGUUCUUUGAGGAGCAAUGGCGGAUGGAGCAGGAAUAUCAUUGUCGGACUAAUCUAACUGUGAAGAAACAGAAGAUUGAACUUGGGAAGCUUUUAUGCCUUGAAGAAGCCCUUGACACUGCAUGGAGAAAUGUGGUCCUUACACCUGAGCAAGCACUUGCACGUGCAACUGCGUGUGCUACUCUUACGCGGAAGAUUGCCGACUUGCGGGCAUUGGUUGCAGACAAAUUGCUCACAGCAGUGAGUGGUAUUGAGACGGUGGAGGAACGAGAACUGCUGAUGAAGAUUUGGUACAACAAAACAGAACUACGACAAAAUUUCUUAGCUUUGCUCCAGGAGAAGCAACCAUUGGUACGAGUCCGCCGCAGAGGUACGCGUGGUCAGCAAAAGCUCAUGGCUUUGCUGCGAAAACAUGCGGAGCGGCUGCAUACAGUCCUGGAUGUGUACACUAAGCAAGUCAAUCGGUAUGUGGCAGCCUAUCCUGCCCAACCAGCUCCACCCAUCAUUGGAAUCCGUCACCUGGCUUGCUUGAAUCGAGGGAAGGAAGAGGUCCGUUGGCUUGGAUGGGAAACUAGGAGGGCGAUGCGAUGGGCCAGUCACCGCCAUAAUCAACUCAAAACAAACAUUCGGCUGCUCUCUGAACUAUCGGAAGAUCAGCAGACUUCCGAUGAUCUACCUGAAAAUCUCCGCCCACUUGUUGCACAUUCUUACCUCCUUGACGAUGACAGCAUGUCUAUUCGGCUUCAGCGUGUUCGUGUUCUUCUCCACUUGGCAUACAUUGAGAUGAUGGACUUGCAGCUUGAGUGGGACCCACUGAUAAGCGAAAUCUUGAAGAACACCGCUCCUCAGAAUGACGAUGGCGAAAUUGAAACAUCUUGGAAUCUGCAGAUGAGUCACAUCCAUUGGCUUCACGACACAGAUUAUUUCUCUGGCAUACCUGGGGAUAUGCAUGACCUAGCGCUUGCAGCAGACAAACCUCUACCAGAUAAUUUGCCUCCCCCAUUAUCAGCUCCAAAUUUUCCUCCCCCAUCUUCAGAUCCAAAUGAUAAUGAGGAGGAAGAUGAUGGCCAACAGGACUAUCUGGAGCAAAUGGAGAAUGUUUUGUCAGCCACAAUGUUUAAUGACUUGAUUCAAGGUGGAGGGAGUGUGUGA